UUUCGAUUUGUUUUCCUGUUUAUAUGAUUUCAUUAAGUUUUCUGUGCAAUUAUUAGUUUACCAUUUCUUCUAGCUUGGCAGACAGAAGGAUAAGAGGAAAUCUGUGGAUUCUGUUCCUGACCUCCAUUUGCUCAGUAAACAUUAUCAACAGGAAAGUUGGUUGCAGUCAUAGACUGAAUUCCUGUCAUCAUUGUCAUCGGUGUCAACAUCAACGUUGAAGUCAGAAAUCGUGAUGGAAGAGAUCUUGAGGCGAUUUGAGUAAUAGAGGGAUCCAUAUGCGUGAUACAGGCUGGUGUAUUGAGAGGGAGGAGGUUGUACAAGGACCAAAAGGGGCUCUGGAGUUGACAGGAUAAUCUGGAAGAAGGACCAGACUGCACAGACCACUAGCAUUUACUUCACCCCACCUCCUUGAAUUGUACAGUAUAUAAGAGCUGGGCAGCAGACUCAGGGUACCAAUCAGCAUCACAUACAGAAGGAUGACUACUGAGUCACUAUGUACAGGAGAGUCACCAUGAUCCGUCUUUCUGCAUCAGCUCUGCUCUACAUUGUCCUCGGGCUCAGUGGGGAUUCAGUCUCUGGUAGAUUAAAUAAUGAUAAAGAGGGUGUGGUGUGCCAGGUCCUCUGUCCUCCAGGCUGGGUGAACUUCGAAAAACGCUGCUUCCAAUACAUUCGACAAGAAAAGACAUGGGUUGAUGCUGAGCUGGACUGUAUCUCAAAGGGAGGAAACCUGGCCUCAGUGCACAGUGAAGAGGAGCAUCAAUUUCUGAAGCAGCAAAUCUCAUCUAAAGAAAUUCCUAUGUGGCUGGGAGGUACCGACUGUUAUAAGGAGGGCACAUGGUUCUGGAGUGAUGGAGCACAAUGGAACUGGGUCAAGUGGAAUACUGGCGAGCCCAACAACGCUGGAAUAGAAAACUGUAUACACCUUAAUUAUGAUCAAGAAGGCUGGAAUGACAUCUCUUGCAACAAUCAAUAUCCUUACAUUUGUGCCCGGACACCUUAGGCAGAAUUUGGUUCUUUGUUGCAGAAUAUCAGGAAGGAUUCAGUUGGAAAUUUAUUUCAUACCCUGAAGUCUACUUCCUUUUUUUUUUUAGAAUCUGAUGUUUGUUUUUCUUUAAUAAAUCGUUACUGCAUUCCAAGUCUUUUAUUGAGUCUGUGUUUGAGUUCACAUAUAUUGUGGAACAAACUCACAGGUAGCAGGGGAUGCAUCAUAACAAAAAUUCUUCUCUUCCUCUAAUUCAUUACUAUACCUCACCUACAGAAAUAAUUAAAAACUAGGUAACUCAGGUUCUGUUUGAAUUAAAGGGGCAAAUGCAGGGGAAAAUAACACAGAAAGUAUCAGAAGAUUUGACAAUGCAGUCCAGGUAGUGAGUAGUCACAGCAAACCAAAUAUACAUUCUUACACUUUAAAUUAACAGGUUUGCAGACAGAAACAAUGAGAACAAGGAACAAAACACAGGACAAGUGAGCUCAAAUGUCCUUCACUUCUCACAUUACACACGUCAUCUCUUCAUCUCAUAUGAGGAGACCUUAGAGGACAGAAAUGCUUACAACAUCAUAAUCUCCUACUAUUCCUUCUAGUGUUUUCCUCACCUGUACUGUUACAUCUCCGGCUGAUAAUCCUCACAGUAAGAUCUCCCAUCUGUAUCCAGGCAGACUAUUAUAUGUUUUAUA